GAGCUGCAGUCAGUGCUGUCGCUCGACAAGGCGGGCACGCAGACCUCAAGCCUGGAUGAACUCGCAGAGCAGGCAGAGCGAGCCUUAAAGGCGGCCAGGGCCGUGACGGCAAGGCAUGUAGCGGCGGCGAGAAAAUUUGCGCCUCGAAUUCGGAACUCGGCAGCGGCGGAGUAUGCCAAGCUGCAGAAGAAGCUGCAAAGGCUCGAGGCUGAGUUGAAGCCACUCAGAGUACCGGAUCCGCCUCCUAUUGAUAGCGCCAUUCUUGCAGAGUUGUCGGGGAGACUGGAGUCAGUGGAGACCGGCAUACAGGAGGCAAACACCACUCUGGACAGUGGCGACUUUGCCCCAGACGUGCUGCAAAAACUGGAGUCCGAUCUCCUAGACUGGCUCAAAAGCCUGGCGUCAGUCAAGAAGGCUCAGGACGGGCUGAGCAAACCAGCAAAAGACCUGGGGGCAAAACUUCCCAGUGAGCUGGAACCGCUGCGCUCGCGGAUGCUGGCGUGCAAGACAGGCUUAGAUGCUGUUGGACUGCGUCUUCGCGAAGUCAGGGAGGACUUACGCUGUCACAAGAUGCUGGAAACUGCACGGGCUCGUACUGCAGCAGCGGAGGAGCAGCUGGAGAUUGCUGUCAGUAGCUCCACUGCUUUCGAAGAGGGCAUGUUCGAGAUGUCGGCAGCAGAGGCUCAGAGGACGGGCCAACAGUGCCGGAGGGAGGCGGACAAUUGCCAGGGCAAGGUAUCCCAGGCCGCCAGGUUCGCCCAAGCACGUCUUGGCGAUAUCGGCCACGUACCGGAGAAGAACCGGCAAAGCGCUGAACAGGAGCUCAAGGAUAUACAGCAUCGCCUCGACGCAGUGGCGAAGAAGUUGGCGACAGUGCGGCAAGAUGUGGGCCAAAGCGAGGCUUGGGUUCUGCUGCAGGAUGUCGUGACUCCGGUGGCCGACGUGGAGCUCCAAGUGCAGAAGGCAUUGGACGCCAGCGCACCUCUUGUUGCUGCUUCUCAGGACGGCCAGUCGGAGCCUCAGGGCCUGCGAGAGGCCAUGCAGCGAAUGCUGGACACCGAGAAGGCCGCUGCCCUCGCCGCUGCGACUGCGCGGAGGCUGUUGGCUGCUAAAGAGCGUGAGGCACGCGAGCGGCAUCAGGAGGUUCCAGCCUUUGCGACCGGCCUUCAAGAGUUGCAGGCGCGACUUCAGCAGGCUCAGCAGAAACUGACAGAGCAACGGGCCCGAGCUUUGCAGGGUGAGAGGCUCUGGCAGGCGCAGCUGGUCCUGGAACAGGUGGUCGAGAGAAUGCCGCCGGUGGAGGCUGAGGUGGAACAGGUGGAACUCCAGUGCACACCUUUGGGAGAUGAGUGCAGCCCGACACAGGAGCAGCGGUCGGAGGCCGAGGCCGCUCUAAGUGCCGUAGAGCAAUCUCUCCGGGAUGUCGAGGAGGCUGUGAGCUUUGCGCGCGCUCGCACAAGCGCAGCAGCCGCGAACGCAGAGGCCGAACAGGCCCUACUGCAGGUAGAGGUGCGCAUCCAGAACUGCCGAGGCCGCCUUUUCGACCUCAGAUGCAACUCCCCUCUCGUGUCCAAUGAAGAGGAGCCUCCAUCAGCCAAACGCCGGCGGUUGUAG